AUGUCCAACUUGUACUUUGCGUACUCAAUCAAAAAAGAGUACACGCUGCCGCCGCUCGGGCAUCCGGCGAUUCUGGCUCUGUCGGGCAACCGGAAGAAACACAUCAGAGCCUGCGACGCCUGUGCUGUUCGAAAGACAAAGUGUGAAGAAACACGGCCUUGUCGAAACUGCCGAAACAAUGGACUCGAAUGUACGGAAUUGCGGGAACGCAAGAAGAUGGGGCCCAAGACGUUGCGGAAACGGACGAUUGAGCUGAUCCACCUGUUGGAACGGAGGCUGCUGGAGGAGAAAAGCCCCGAUUUGGCUGGGGUAGCUGAGAUGGUUUCCAGGGUGAAGAGGGACGCUGUGGAGGCGGUUUUUCCGCUUGUGGCGCCGUCGAUGGUGGGUUCUUUGGACGAGGUGGUCAAGGCGAUCAGCGGGGGAGCUGCCAAUGGCGGUGAAUCUGGGAAAUCCAGCGGUUCUGAGAGUUCAACCAAUGGUGAUGGACCAGGACACAGAUUUGAGCCUGAAGUUAGGGCAAAGGAGUUGGCUUACAUUUCACUCGGCCUUCUUCUUCUAUCGUCGUCGUCAGCGCCGGAUUUGGACGACUUCCGUGACCAUGUGGCCCUGUUGUAUGGAGCGUUUGGCAGCAUGCUGUUCUCCAGCCAAAACUACUCUUCUGCCACCCACUACUACAUGUCCUUGACGGAGCUCCACAUGUACGGCAUUCUCUUGUUUCAGGGAACGCCGUUUUGUGUGAGACAAUUGGUGCAUCUACGAAGCGCCGUCACCCAUUACCAGCUUAUCGCUACUUCGCUGGAUAGCGACAUCAGCGGGCUUCUGGAGCUACGACGCAUUUUGUACGCUGCCGAGCGGAGCGCUGCGUUGUUUUCCACCGAGGAGGCCUUCAAGUCGGGGUGUCUUAUUAAUACCGGGCCGUCCUCGCCUUUUAUCUCCAAUCCAAACAGCAAAACCUUGGUUUUGGACUGCGCCCACGAUAUAUUCAAGCUUUUGGAGGAACACGGUGUCUACACGAGGAUCCCCAGUCUCCCUAAUCUUUUCCUCUGGCGCUACGUGACGUUUUCGAACCAGACUGGUGUCUACGGAAGCGUCAAGAUGAACGCUCAAAAUGUGACCCAGGCAGGUGCUCAGACACCGUUUGUGCAGCUUCUUGUGGCUUUGAUUUCGUUCAAGGUGCUUGUGCUUCACUCUGGCGAGUAUACACCAAUAACUGUGAGCAACGAGCUUCUUGAAUUCAUCACUCGGGCCAUUAUCGCUCUCAUGGCUGCCAAAACCGAUCCUUACUUCACCACCCGCCUCACGGCCUUCUCGCUAGUGCCUCAUCUAUUGGACCUUCUUCGCUGCUACUUCGAAUCGGUCAGCAAUGCCCCGCCUCCCGACGCCGUUGAUCGGCUCAGAGAGUACACCCACUUGAUUCUUCCCUUGUGCGCCAAAAGCUCUUUUAUGGGAGUAGCCAAGUUGGAUCCGGUCUUGGCGGGUUGGUUCUCGCGAGAAGCCAGCGAUUGGGAGUCCAGCGCCUCCAGUGCCUCAACCUAG